AUGUCGUUCCUCUCGCGCUUCGCAUCGCGCAAGGGCAAGGACCGCUCGACCAAGCGCUCCCCCUCGGACCCGUCGUCGUCGUCCAGCGCCGCCCAAACCCGCCAGGACCUCCUCCCUCUCACCCUCCCGACCUCGUCCCUCCUCGCCGACGCCUCACGCGCCAACCCGCUCCUCCUGUCGCCCACCUCGCACGCCGGCACACGGUCACACACCGCCCUCGACGCCGACGACGACGACCUGCGCUCGCUCCGCAGCGUCGACACGACGCCCUGGGUCCACGUCGACGCCGCGACGGCCGCCGACUCGCCCGUCAAGCCGCGCCCUGGUGCGCCGUCGACGCCGCACCGCGAGCACCGCGAGCGGGUCGACCCGGCGCGCGAGAAGCGCGAGCGCGUCCGCCUCGAGCGCGCACGGCUCGGGCCCGCAGAGGUGACGCUCCUGCUCGACGAGUGCGGGGGCGUCAUCCGCUCGCGAGGCCUGACGACCCUCGGCCUGUUCCGCCCGUAUCGCGCAUCCGAGUCGCGCUCGGCCAUCCGGGCCCUGUGCCUCGCCUUCCUCGACUACGUCGCCGAGUGCGCCGCGAGCGCUUCUCGAGGAGGCGGUCCGGGCGUCGACGGCAGCGGCGGCGGUGCGGGAGCGAGGGCAGACGACGCGCGAGGGACCGAGGCGAGUAAGGCGGUGCUGCUGCAUGCGUUCAGGGAGGAGCUGCGGUACGCGGGCGUGCACGACGUCGUCGCCGUGCUCAAGUGGGGUCUCCGCCACCUCGUCUACCCACCAGGCACCUCGUUCGCCGGUCGCGGCGUCCCGUCGCUCGACUUCUACACAACUUUCGUCGCCCGCACCACGCCCGUCUUGCCGCCACUCGCCUUCUCCGCCUUCCUCCUCCCCUCCCUCCCUCCUGCUUCCCAGUCCCUCCUCCUGUCUGCCCUCGGCCUCAUCCAGGCCGUUGCCGCCCACGCCCAGGAGAAUGCCAUGCCCGCCCACCGCCUGUGCCGCCUCUUUGCCGCCUACCUCUUCGGCGUGCACCCUGCCGCCUCGACCGCCACACUUUCCUCAUCGACCUCGACCUCGACCUCGUUCGACACGGCGCACGAGCAGUUCUGCCGCGCCGGCGACGCCCUCGAGGGCAUGCUGCGCGCCUCGCUCGCCGAGCAGACGGACCUCCCGCCCCGGCUCGCCGAGCUCGUCGAUGCGCCCGCAGCCGCCGGUCGCGAGCUCGAGUACGAGCGCACCGUGCGCGUCCUGCGCGUCGAGCUCGAGACGCGCGGCGAGUGGGACGCGGCGACGGCGGCGGCGGCGGGCGAGGGCCGUAUCAACGACCAGGACACGGGGCGCGCAGCGGCCUUGCCGCGUGCGCCCGGGCAGGGCGGCAGCACGGCGGCGCGCAGGAUGCCGCUCGACGUCCUGCGCGAGGCGCUCGCGCUCGAGAGCGUCGGCGGCGACGGCGACGGUGACGCGGCGGCGCAGGUGUGGGACGCGCUGCGGGCGUGCGCGAGUGCGCAGAACGGCGGGCCCGAGGCGCUCCUCGACGGCGAGGUCGUGCGCGUGCUCGACCUUGUCGGACUCGGCGCGGCGGGCGACGGCGGCGAGGUGCCGUUCGCGCUCCUCGGCGGCGGCGGUGCGGGCGGCGCCAGGGGCCGCACGAUGAGCCACAAUGCGGCCGACGCAGGCACAGGUGUCGGGCAGGGCGAGCUGGGCUCGCUCGCCGGGCGCCUGGCGAGCCGCAGCACGGGCAACCUCCUCGCGCCGUCCAAGCCAGCGAGCUGGGACGUCUUUGCCUCGAGCGGGUUCGCCCCGACGCCGGCCGACGACCUCGGCCUCCUGAGCGAGGCGCAGCUCCUGCACCGCGCCGAGGCGCUCGCGGCGGCGCAGCGGCGCGCCCGCCCCAAGCCCGUCUCGCGCCUCGUCGGCGUCAGCCUGUCCUCGGUCGACGAGGCGUUCGCCGACCUGUGGCUCGACUCGCUCGACGAGACGCGCUCGACGCAGAGCCCGUGCGCCGCGUGGCCGUCGAUGGUCCUUGCGCCCCUCGAGCGCGACGUCGCGGCGCAGCUCGGCGACGAGGCGGCCCGUGCGUUGGUGCGGCACCUCCUCGUCGUCGAGGUCCUCCUCCCGCUCGAGCAGCGCCGCCCGUCCCUCGCUCCGCCACCGACCCUCGCACCGCCUCCCUUUGCGCGCGCGGGCUCGUCCGUCGCCCCGUCGUCGCGCGACAAGGACGGCGCAGGUGGCGGUUUUCCCGGCGCCAGGUGGCGUCGCCGCGCGAGCGCCAUCUUCAGCCACUCGGCCGUCAACCUCGGCGAGCCUCCUGUCGUCGCCAACGGCGGGCCGAGCGGGUCGAACGGCGCCAGGUCCGUCUCGUCGCCGCCGCCGUCGACCUCGCCUACUUCGCCGCGCCGCACCCGCAUGUCGUUUGGCCGCCCUGCCCCUCCCUUCUCGUCCUCCUCCUCGCGCACCCAGCCCGCGCCCGCCGUCCCUCCUAUCCCCUCGCUCCCGUCGAGCCCGUCGAGCGGCACGAUCGGCGGCCACUUGGAGCGAGGAGGCGGGCCGGGCACGUUCGUGCGCUCGAUCUCGCAGGGCUUCGCGAGCGCGCGCAGGAAGACGUCGCGCCAGAGCAUGUACGGCGGCAGUGCGCCUGCGCCGCCGCUCGAGGCGCCGCUCGAGGACCAGGAGGCGGCCGCGGCGGUCCCGGUCCCGUCGUCGCCGCAGCGGUGGGAGAGCGGCGUUCUGCCGCAGGUCGAGGCGGGUGGAGCAGGCGGUGACGGCGAGGUGCGAGGGUACGACGUCGCGACGCCCGAGGGCAGCCCGGUCCUGCCGCGCUCCAGCUCGGGCGCCCUGCUCGCGCCGCAGUCGCUCGACGGCUACGGCGGCGGCGCCGCGAGGGAGGGUGCGCCGCCGCUCGGCCAGGUCGCAGUACCGUCGCCGGUCAUGGAGGAGCAGGAGCUGUUCGAGGGCCAGCCGGCCGACAUGCAGCGCUCGGCUUCCGUCGAUCCUCUCUCGGGCUCGCCCAGCUACCUCGAAUCGGAACCACUUGCUCCCCAACACGGUGCGGCAUUCGACAACCUCGCCUCGCUCGAGCCCGUCCUCUCCGCCGAGCCGCCGCUUGCCGCAGUUGGGCCGCCGCCGCUCCAGCCUGGCGCAGCGCCCGUGGACGCCAUCGACCAGGUCGACCAGGUCGCUCUCGCGCACGGCGAGGCGAGCGAGCCGCAGCUCGUGCCCGUCGUCGAGCAGGGCCAGGACGUCGUGCCGCCGCCGCAGGUCCCCGAGACGGCCGACCUGCCCGCUCUCGCCGCCGCCGAGGACCCCGACGCUCCUCCUUUUGCCUCGACCUCCAUCGAGACGGCCGUCCCUGCCGGCGAGAUGACGGCAACGGCGCCGGGCUCGCACACGCCGACCGACCACCCCGCCAAGUCGCUCGUCGUCGACCAGCCCGAGACGAUCACGGCCGAGACGCCUACCUCGCCGCUCGUCACGCUGUCGCCACCGCCUAUGGAGCAGUCGAACGAGAUGCACGGAGCGAGCGAGCACCAGGACGAGCUUUUCAAGACGGACGAGGACGGUCCUCAGCACGAGGUUCAGCAAGACCCGCCUGUCAGCGCCGUCGUCGGUCUCGGCCUCGUCGACGCUCCUGCACCUCCUGCCCAAGACGACGCCAUCGCCCCAGCGACCCCGUCUAAGGACGCGCCGCCGUCGCCUUCCGCCCACGACCCUCACAUGCCGAGCUCGACCGCCAUGGCGCAAACCCUCUCGGCAGCCUCGGCUCGCUCCGGCGACUCGCGCUCGUCCCUCGCCGCGCCCAAGUCGCCGACCCCUUCGACGGGUUCGACGAGCUCGACCAGUUCGCGCAAGUUCCUCGCGUCCGUCGGCGGGUUCCUCAGGCGCAAGAAGAGCACCGUGUCGAAGGAGCAGGCCAAGCGCGACAAGGCCGAGGCGGCAGCUCGCGAGGAGCGCGAGGCCAAGGAGCUGCGCAAGCUCCGCGAGGAGGAGCUCUACCGCGAGAUCAAGGAGCGCAAAACGCCGACGCCCGUGUCGAACGUCAAGGCGCGUGUGCGCGAGAUCGAGGAGGAGGAGCAGCAGGCGGUCGGCUCGGGCAGCGUCGUCAGCCCAACGAGCCCAACGAGCCCGAGCCGCCCGGCGAGCCCCAAGACGCCGUCUCGGAGCCGGACGGCGAGCGGCGGCCCUCGUCCGGCGACGCCGACACGCAGCCUCGCCCGCCCGGGCUCGAUGAUGAGCCUGCGCUCGGCGGCGGCGAGCCGGGCCGCUGUGCCCGACCUGCCGUUGCCGCCCAUCCCUGCGCUGGCGACCAACGGGACGGGCGCCGAGGCGCCACACGCUGGGCCUGCCGUCCCGCUCGUCGCCCCGAGCGCCGAGUCGACGUCACUCGGCGCAGCAGCAGCCGGCCUGCCGUCGCUCGUCGCCGCCGAUGCAGCACUAGCCGACGACGACAUCACGGGCCCAGUUAUGCCUGCCGUCGUCGACACACCGGCGCAAGAGUCGCAGCACCUCCACGUCAAGGUGCCGACCGCGCUCGAGGACCUUCCCUCUCCCCUUCCCUCGCCGACCCCGCGUUCCGCCUCGACCGACGUGCCCCCUCUCCUCGCCCACGACGACGAUCUCACGGCUCCUCUCGCCGACGUCGCUCCUCCCGUCUUUGCGCUCGCGACGGCGUCCGAGCCGGUCUCGGUCGCCGACGUCGAGACGCUCCUUUCCGACCCCGGCGAGGCCCGAGCGGCCAUCCUCCCGUCGAUCGACGUCUCGUCGCCCACCCCAGCGCCGCAGAAGCCUGAGCAUCUGCACGUCAAGGUGCCCUCGGCGCUCGAGGACCUCCUCCCGCCUGCGCCGUCGCCGACGCCGGGAGCGAACGGGCACGAGUCGGGCGCAGCGGCCGUCCUCGUCGACGAGGACGUCACCGAGACGAUCCCUGACGUCCGUUCGCCCGUCUCUACGUCUGUGGACACGGCGGGUGAGGGCGAGGAGCCUGUAUCGGCGGCGCGGGCGGGCGAAGAUGCCCUCGCGCCCGUCGAGGACGCUCAAGCGCAGGACGAGGACCUCGCAUCGACGAGCGAGGUCGCGUCUCGCAGCGACGACGAUGCGCAUGUCGAGUUCAUGGGAGGACACGCCCAGCGGGCGAGCGACGAGACGGUUGUCGCCGCGAGCGACCCAAUCCGCCUCGGCGAGCCCGCGCAGCACGUCGUCGUCUCGCCCUCCCUCGAGCCUCCUUCCACCCCGGUCAAGCCCUCCUCCUCCUCCCCGUCCAGCUUCACGCCGACUGCGCACGCCACCCCCGUCGCUCCCGCCACAGACGACGUCUUCUCGGCCCCGCCUCCCGCCUCGACCGCCGCCGACGCGACGCCGACCAAGCCGACCGCACCUCUGCCGCACCCUCUUCUGCGCACCUCGACGUCGCAGUACUCAAUGUCGACGACGCGCAGCUUCCAGACGGCCGACUCGUCGGCGCAAUCGUCGGCCACCGAGGGCGAAUGGGAACCGGCGGCGUCGCGCGAGGCCUUCUGAGGCACCUCUUCUCAGCCGCCCGCCC